AUCCCAAAUCUGUUUUUGCCAAGACCCACCCCCUUUAGCACCCCAGACCCACCCCCUUUAGCACCCCAGACCCACCCCCUUUAGCACCCCAGACCCACCCCGUUUAGCACCCCAGACCCACCCCCUUUAGCACCCCAGACCGGUUUGAAGGGAGAUCUGUCAGAUUGUACUAAACCAGAAGCCAGCAUAUCUUGACGGAAAGGGGUGCCCAUCGAGUUGUAGCGGCUUUUUUGCAAGACAAUCCAUCGUGGCGUUGAAGUUGAUGCAAGGAAAAAAUUGACAUAUAAUAAAAUCCGUGUGGAAUACUGAAACCAAAAACCUUUAGGGGGGCGCGCGCUUUUUAAGCACGUCAAUGAUCGUACCUUCCAAAACUUUCCUUUUAACCGCACAAACCUGAAAAAAUUCGACACGUUGUAAAAUAAUCACUAGCGUUCAAAAAUAUAGGCUGUCCACCGCUGGAAAAUUAUACGUCUUUUGAAAUUACCGUCGUUCUAUUCUUAACCAGUUCAAUACCAAAUAUAGUCAUGGUGUUAAUAUGAAAUGUCCUUGAACGGUGCUCUGGUUUGGGGUAACGUUGCCAAAGUUUAUAAUUAAAAACGCUGAGAUAAGUAAUUUAAUCACUUGCACGUGACACAUUUUAUGUUUGAUGAUACAACCCACGAGCACUAAUUUAGAGUAUAGGGUCCCAGCUAAUUCUGUUUUCUCAAGUUUGCAAGGCUCGUAUCUCCAGAUUGUAUUACCCCUGCAGAGCAAGCCGAUGUAAUGGGCUACAUCUCGACCGUUUUGUUUGAAUGACUGACAACCGAAGCCGUUUUUAAACCUCUGGUUUUUACCACGCCUUUUUAAAGCAAAUUUGCACGCACAUACCUCGAUCUGUGUUGACCAUAGAUUUCGCCGCUUAUCCUAUAGAAAACGUUAUUAUAUAAUUGUCUAUUAUAUUUAUAACGUGAAGGAGCCCAAAAAAUCGAAUUUUCCAAAAUGAUCAACAGUGCAGAUUCAUCCUCAGUACGGGUUUUAUUAUCCACACUUGUUUUGGUGCUCGGUUUGGCAGCGCGAUGCUUCGGGCAGGCCAUGCAGUCCAAAGAGAGCCCUCAAGCGGCCCCAGCAUCAUUCAGUCUCCGGUCCCUGGUCACGGGGACCUGCGAAGAUGUCCACAGAUACGUGGAAUCCGUGGUGGGAACCAAUGUGAUCGAGUCGACUGUUGAGUUCUUUGAGAUGUUGAGCCGGUUUCUGGCUGAGGGAGCUGCCAGCGGACUGAAUGUCUUCUCUCUUUACGUCACAGAUAUCCUCAGGGUCACAGGAGUUGAUGUCCACCUGCCGUUCCCUCACUUCACCGCAGAGGGCGUGGCCUCGGCUGGUCAGUGGGCUCUGCUGGCUCUGAUUGGCUACUGGGUGCUGUCCAUCAUCUUGCGCAUGCUGGUGGGUGUGGUGAGGAGGGUGUUCUGGAUGCUGAAGGCGGGCAUCGCGCUGUGGCUCUUUGGCCUGAUCGUCAGUGAUGCUAAGGCUGGUUCAGACACCACAGCCGUCCGGCUAGCAAGCCUGGUGCUGGGGUGUGCCCUGCUGGGGCUGGCCAGCUCUGGAUCGGAAAAGACAGUUCAAGUGGAAGACCGCAUGAGCAUCCUGGAGGGAAGGGUGAAGGCGGUGGAGAGGAGGAAGGGAGAGGAGUGAUGGAAGGAGAGAGGGGGAGGAUAGUUGGAAAGGAUGGUGGUGCUGAAGGGGGUCUGUCAGUUUCUCAAAUGAAAUAAAGCAACCACCACGAUUUCUUUGAUUGAAAGUGGCUUUUCAAUUCUUA